AUGUCUGUCUGCAGCGACUGCAGUUUGCCCGUCGAGUUCCAGAGUCAGCGCGUUAUCACGCUCAACGGUGAAGCCUUUCAUGCAAAUUGCUUCAAGUGCAGUAGCUGCUCCCUAAGUCUGCUCGAUGGUCACGGCAAGCAGGUUGCCGGUACGAACCAGUACAAUGGGCGCCUCUUCUGCGAGCAGCAUCACGCAGAAAUCAUGCUCAUGUUGGAGAAUGGCGAUUUUCUCCACCAGCUCAGAGAGUUUAAGAACAAGGCUCUCGGGUUUCUCGCCGCACGAAGGAAAAGCUCAACCUCUUUACAAUUUCCGACGCCCAACGAGGCCUGUCCGGGCAUGCCCUGUCCUGGCCAUUACCACGGAGUUAAGCCGAUUAAUGGUUAUUGGGUGGAAUGCCCAUACACGGCGAGGAUACAGGCGUACGAAAAUCGACGAACGCCACUGGAUCUAUAUUCGGAAACGGGAACGUUCGAAUUGAUGACGCACGAACAGGAAAUAUACGGAACGUAUUUCUAUGGCGUCCAGCAUUGGAACUAUUUUACGGCAGACGAAGAUCUCGGAAAUCUCAUUCUUAGCUUGAAACAAGAGAGCAUUAACGGACGGGAACAAUUCCGGGUUAUGGUGCGAACGUCUACCUAUCAGAUUCACGGACUCGUGCCCGCUGCUUGUGUCUUCGCUAAUCGUUACGAUCGAGAAGAUGUCGUCCGAUCUCUUGGAAAGGAAAUCGGAGUCUACCCGCCGCUGAAACUAGCAGGGUUGCCUUCAACUCCAGAGGAUCUCCUAAAGUUAGACCAGGUUUUUAUAAAGUCGGAAUUAAAAGUCGGCGUCGUUUACAUGAAGGAAGAUCAGACUACAGAGGAGGAGAUAUUUGAUAACAGUGGAGGCAGUCCUCUUUUUGAAGAAUUCCUGGAUUUACUUGGCGAUAAAAUAAAACUGCAAGGGUUCGAUCGAUACAGAGGAGGGCUUGACACAUUGCAUAAUCUCACUGGAACCCAUUCGAUGUAUACAUUUUGGAGAGGUAUUGAGGUGAUGUUUCACGUUUCGACGUUGCUUCCCCACGACAAAGACGAUGUUCAGAAGUUACAGAGAAAGCGUCACAUCGGUAACGACAUCGUCUGCAUCGUCUUCCUCGAGGGGAACGACACCGACUUCUCUCCCGCAUGCAUCAAGUCGCAUUUCCUGCACACCUUCAUCGUCGUGCAGGCCAGCCCCAAUCAGCGAGACAAGCCGUCGAAGUACAAGGUGUCCAUCGUGUCCCGCGACGAGGUGCCCGGCUAUGGACCCUACCUGAACGACAUGUGCGAGUUUGACAAGGGUCCGAUGUUCAGAGAGUGGUUGCUCACAAAGACUGUGAACGGAGAGAGAGCAAGUUACACGGCGCCUAAGUUUGCACGAAUGCAAGACCGAACCAGAGGACAAAUGCUCGAGGAUUUGAUGGUCAGUCUACACAACCACUCGAACACUGGAGCCUUACCACAGCCCUACAGGCGCGGCUCUUGGAGACCUAUUGGCCAUAUGCGAUCCAACUUUCCACUUCAGGAUUCUGUGAGAGACACAUUCGAAAGCUUUGAGACGUUGAGCAAUGAUUUCGCUGCUGCGUUUAAACGUUCCGAGCUCUGUGACGUCACAUUCAUCGUCGGAAAGAACAAAGUUAAGCUGCACGCAGUCAGAGCUAUUCUUGGUGUGCGAAGUCGCGUGUUCAAAGAAAUGCUCUACGAUAACCUAAAAGGAAUCAGAUCAGCUUCACUGAGCUCAACGAGUCUAAAAGACAGCAACAUGCUACAGGUGCCUGAUCCCGAUGACAGCUACAAGAACAAGAGCGCACCGAGUAGCCCCGUAGCUAAGCGUGCGAUCUUCAAAUUCGGAAAUUUCAGCUUCAAGCGUCGCAGUGACGGCUCGCACGAGAAGCUACGCCGCGAGCUGAAACGAAUGCAGAGUCAACAGGGAGUCUGGGAAGAUACCGAAAACGAAUCGACUCAUGGAAGUCUGAAACGAAAUACGUCAACCGACAGUAAAGAUAAUCUAGAUGAGUAUGAGGUCACCGAGUUUGACCCGGACACUUUCCUCAUCCUUCUGAACUACUUUCACACGGGCACGUGCUCGCUCACCUGCAGUAUCAUUCCGCGGUUGUUGUGCGCCGCGGAGUACUACGACCUGCCCGAUUUGCUGCAAGCCUGCUUCCACCACGCUAAGCAAUGCGUCCAUCUCGGCGUGGUUGCACAGAUGCUCAACGAUCUGGAGGAAUGCUAUUGGCGCUACAACUCCGCGAUGGAACUAGUCAACAUGAUCAUACAGUUCAUCAACAACAACGCCGCCGAAUUUCUAGACAACCGCCAUUACCUGCCUCUGUGCGAACCUUUCUUCACCAUCAUCAUCUGCAGGGAACUGAGGACCGUAUCGGAAAUCGAGAAGUUCCAGUCUAUGUUGGCGUGGGCGAAAUAUUACCUGCGCCGUCAACGUCAUCCUAAGGGCAGAGCGAGCGAGGAUCUAAAAACCAUCAUGGACAGACUGAGCCAGGAUCUGAAACUGCACAAGAUAUCGCCGAAUGAUCUGAUUAAAGUUGUCAGACCGAGUAUGUGCAUCGAUGCGGAUCGUAUCGUCGCCGCGCUCACGUAUCUGUCCAAUUCGGAUCCGCAUCGAAGUCGCUGCUCGAGUCUCAGUAGCGAAGAUUCCCUGUAGAAGAUUCCCUGUAGAAGAUUCCCUGUAGAAGAUGUUCUGUAAAAGAUUUCCUGUGGAAGAUUCCCCUACGAAAAUUCCUUCUAGGUGAUUUCCUUUAUCGCCAGGAAAACCCCACUGUAAAAGAUUUCUUAAAGAAGAUUCAUUAAAGAAAGUUUCCUGUAGAAGAUUCCCUCAGGAGUAUUCCCUGAAAAGGAUCCCCUUUUAUCACCAGCAAGAACUCCUCGCAGAUGAUUUCGCGAAGAAGUUUCUCUGAAGAAUGUUUCCUGUGGAAAAAUUCCCUUCAUCACCAGCAAGAAUUAUCUGUAGAAGAUUUCUUAUAAAAGAUUCUCUGAAGAAUAUUCCUCAUAGAAGAUUUACUGAAGAAUGUUUCUUAUCGAAAAUUUACUUUAUCGCUGACAAGAAUUUACUGUAGAAGUUUCCUUAUAGAAGCUCCCAUAAAGAAUGUUGAAUGUUUCCAGUGGAAUAUUCCUUUUAUAAUCAGCAAGAAUUCUCUGUAGAGGAAUCACUUUAUCAACAGUGUGAAUUUCCCAUAAAGGGACUUCGUCUAGAAAGUUCUCUGUAAAAGAUUCCCUGGAAAAACUUUUGGUAUUGGAAGAUUCCCUAUAAAAUAUUCCCUAAAAUUCCCGCUAAAUACUCCUAAAUAUUCCUAAAUACUCCUAAAUACCCUAAUUCUAAUUCCUAUUCUAAAAAUCCUAAUACAGUACUCCUAAUUAUUCCUAAAAUUCGCUAAACAUUCCCACUAAACUUGAUUUGCCGUGGGGUAUGUGUAUGCCUCACUGAAACAAGUCUAAUUGCUCAGAUGAAAUGAAAUGUGUAGUGAUUUAUAUAUAGAUGUUAUCAAAAGUAUUUUAAUAUGGUUUAAUUUAAGACUAGACUAAGAAUAGUCUAAUCUUAGUCUAUUCUUAACAUACUCGUGAUGUUACGUAAAUUUGUUGACUUAUUUAGUAGCAUGGCCUGGCUUAUAAAGAGUCUGAGUAAGUCCAUGCAAAACAGCACUGACUAUGUAUAACAUCAGGUGUAUCCCGAGCACGUUCCUUUGUCGUUGUUCCGUGUAUAUGGGAUAUAUUAUCAUCGUGAUAUAUUAUAAACGUCUAUCUGAAUCAUAUCUACGUUCGAAAACCCUUGACGACGUUGUCCCAUGGUUUGCGGCAAAUUAUUACAGAUAUAUAUAUAUAUAUAUAUGUAUAUGUUAUUCAGAAAUUGUUGUUUCUAAUAUUGUCAUAAUGUGAUUAUUGUUCAUACGUAAACGUUAUCGUGUUGUUUGUUUCGCAUAAGUGUUUUGCCCGAGACUAUCUGCAUUAUUUAUUUAAUGAAACCUGUAUAUUUAUCGAGCGCGUUAAAUAGGAAUACAGUACACAUAACAAUAAUCAUCCGCAGAAUGGGAAAAGUGUAAAAAAAAAACAGGCGAAACAGCCCAGUCACCAACAAAGUCAAUACUUCAUUUCCGCCUUCUUGAAUUUCAAGGAACGUCAGUGUCUAUAAAUGCAUUCGUUUGUCUGCAUGCAUGCCUGUGCGGCCUCGCUACCGAUUUAGGAUACGUACCCUAGCUGGCUUCUCACCCAAUGGCAGCCAUUGCAAUGCUUUCGUGCGCCGGCAACAGCCCGGUCCCCAUCACAUAGCUGCUCGUGAUAUGCACGUAAUUGAAUGCCAGCUGUUGCUAAGUCAUUUGCAUGCAUGGAGGCGGCCGCGGUGUACGGGGUAUAUGUAAGAUGUUUAGCAAGCAGCUAAAUUCACACUCACUAACCUAUAGAUGCGAUCUACAAAAAACCACGCGCCUAGCUAGCGAAACUUUUCCGCGACAUUUGGUUGUAGUUUCACGUUCGAAUGACCGACCUUGACGUUCGAUCACCAUGCAUUCGCAGUUAUUUCAAGGUCGUUUUUAAAAGGCUGUUUACAGCAGAAAAGCUGUUUGUAAUGUGGUGUGGGCAGAAUGUAAAUAGUAUUAUUGCGCUCGUUUCCGAAGUAAAUCACAUGCAACCAUCGUCAUAAUGCCUACCGCUGAUCGAUCCUUCUCUCGUUUAUUCGCUUUAGAAAUAAUAAAUGCCGCUGCAACUACCGAGGCAGCCCGUGCACGUAGCUCA